AUGAUUUUACGAGGCUUCAAUUUGAAGCCAUCUUUGGCAGGACAUGGACGGCGGCUUUUCCACGCCUCACCACAAUGGAGGGCAACGGAGGAAUACAAAGCUGUCCUUUUAAAGACACCAUUGAACAGGGUGCGCAACAUCGGAAUCAUAGCCCACAUCGAUGCUGGUAAGACAACCACAACAGAAAGAAUGCUAUAUUAUAGUGGUGUCACAGGACGCAUCGGAAAUGUCGACGAAGGAGAUACAGUUACAGACUAUAUGACUCAGGAAAAAGAUCGAGGAAUCACCAUACAAUCAGCCGCCGUGACCAUUCCGUGGAAUAAGCACAAAAUCAAUCUGAUAGAUACUCCAGGUCACGCCGAUUUCACCUUCGAGGUGAUAAGAUCUUUGAGGGUUCUUGAUGGAGCGGUGACCAUCUUGGAUGCUGUGGCAGGUGUUGAAGCUCAGACAGAGAAAGUCUGGAAACAAGCAAAAGACUUGGCUAUCCCAGUGGUGGCUUACGUGAACAAGAUGGAUAGAGAAGGUGCAGGUUUUGGGCGCACAGUGAAAGAAAUCGUUAGUAGGUUAGGGACUAGAGUGGUAAUUGUGAAUGUGCCCUAUUUCAUCAAGGACCAAUCGACAGGCCGGAGUAUCUUCGAAGGAGUUAUAGACGUGUUUGACAAAAAGCUGCUCUUAUGGAACGGUCCAAAUGGGGCCUCUGAUGGAAGCAAAGUUGAAGUGAUAGAUAUUGCUGAGGAUUCCAAAUAUCCAGAGGCUUACCAAGAGGUGCUUAAAUGCAGGGAAGCUGCAGUGGAACAACUGGGUGAGUUUGACGAAGAUGUGAUCAACUCAUUUUUUGAGACGGAGGAUUAUAUGAAGGUCCCAACUUCAACACUAAAAAAAGCUCUGAGGAAAGCUUGUAUUGCAGGAUAUGCAACUCCUGUGCUUUGUGGUGCAAGUUUUAGAAACAUCGGUGUGCAACCUUUACUAGAUGCAGUCAACGACUAUCUUCCGUCUCCACUAGAAAUCAAGCCUCCAGAGGUAACCGCCUCUAUUAUCCAAAGUGCAAGAUCAAAGAAUAAAAAACAGAAAGCAGAACAGGACAACUCGCUUCCAAUCAAGGUGGAUCCCAGGGAUGGACUAGUCAUCAACAAUAAUCACAAUUUGAUGACGGCUCUUGCUUUCAAGGUGAUUUCGCACCCUGUCAGAGGAAUCAUGGUAUUUGUUAGAGUCUACAGUGGAAAAUUGCAACCGCAUUCUACUGUUUUGAAUAGUCGAACCGGGGAAAAGGUGCGUAUUGGCAAAUUGUUGCUAAUGAAUGCGGAUAUGCCUCAGGAAGUAAGACAUCUCUCAAGUGGUAGCAUUGGGGUAAUAACGGGAACCGACCAGAUAGUCACCGGAGAUACCUUGGUUUGCCAUUCAGUAUCCAAGAACCCUAAUCAAUUGCCUCCAAAGGAGAAAUCUGCACGUCUUCUACCUAUCAAAGUUCCUCCCCCUGUGUUCUCCGUUUCUAUAGAGCCGGCUUCUGUUUCGGAAAACAGAAAGCUGGAAACAUGUUUGAAUACUUUGCUGCGUGAGGAUCCAAGUUUGCAUCUGAGCUACGAUGAAGAGACAGGUCAGAAUAUUCUUUCUGGAAUGGGUGAGCUGCAUUUGGAAAUCACCAAGGAUAGAUUGAUAAGCGAUAUGAAGGUGAAUGCUGAGGUGGGCGAAGUCAGAGUGACGUAUAAAGAAACCAUUACUUCCCCGACAGGGUAUUACACAGGAGUUUCGCCGGAUGGCUACGAAAUUGAACUUUCUUUAGACUCAUUCGAAGGCCCAAUUGAAGACUUGGAUUUACCAGAGGAAGGGGUGUUUUAUCUAGAGCAAGACGACAAUGUCGUGAUUAUCGAACCAGAAGGCAUCCCAAGCGUUGUCAAGAAAGCCCUAAACGCGGAGAUAUGGUCUUUGCCGGUCUCCUAUGAAACCAUUAUUAACGGUAUUUUGUCCGGUGUCACAGGUGCGUUGCAGAUGGGUGGCCGGCAUGCUAGGCUUCCAUUGCAUUCGAUGAUUGUUCGGGUCCGUAGGUGGAUGAUCCAUCCAGAAGCGAACAACAUGUCCCCACUUAUCAGCAUUACUAGGACGACAAUUCUGGAUGCCCUGGCCUCUCUCGAUGACAAAGCUGCAACGUUAUUGGAGCCAAUAAUGAAAGUUUUAGUUUACGUUAGUGACGAAGACUUGGGACCCGUUUCGCAAGAUUUGAUGAGCGCGAGAAAUGCAAAGAUUACAGGAAUUGAAGAUGAAGCUAGCGCGUCGAGUACCGAUGCAAUACAUUGGGCCAAAGAGCAAGCCGAAAAAACAUAUGUUCCUCACGACCCUACUUUGGGCUACAUGAAGAAAACGCAUGCCUCUGGUAAUAAAAUCAUUAAGGCUGAGGCACCUUUGAGAGAAAUGAUUGGCUAUCUAACCAAAUUGAGAUCGCUCACCAGAGGCCGAGCUACCUAUGAUAUGGAGUUUGUUGGCAUGCAAAGAACACCGCCCGACCGACUACGCAAGAUUUUGGAGCAGUGA